AUGAAAAGAAUCUCAAACACUCUGCUUUCUAGUUUACUAGUCACAGUUGCUACUGUCUCACAACUAGCUUAUGCUGAGAAAUGCUACGCAGUCGCAUUCAGUUCAGGUUAAGAAUCUUCAGCUUAUCAAGUAGGAGCCCUGCUUGGACUGCUUAAAAAAUUGCCAGCUGAUCAAAUGCAGUAUCAUGUCUCAUCAGGAGUAGCUGGAGGUGCUAUUAAUGCUGUUUUCCUUGCUUCUCAGGCUUAAGGAAACGAGCAAGCUGCAGUUGAUAAAAUGCAAAAGUUUUGGUUAGAUGCUGGAGUUAGUAAGCUAUACUAAGAUUGGUGGGGUGGUGUUGUCAAUGGACUCCUUUUUUAAGGAGGAUUGUAUGAUAGCGCUCCUCUCAAAGACUUUAUCACAAAAGAGUUUUCAGGCUUGAAAAUGGUAAGAGAAGUUUCAAUUGGUAUUGUAGAUGCACUUAAAGGUCAAUACAAAGAAUUUGAAGAUAACGAUCUUUCUCAAGGAACUAGCCUAAUAGACUCAUUGUACUCUUCAUUCGCUAUCCCAGGUUUCUUCUCCCCAGUUAGUGCUUUUGGCUCUAAGUUUUUUGACGGUUCAGCUGUUUAUGAGAUUGAUAUCCCAACUGCAAUCAACAAAUGUUUAGAGAAGACUACUCAAGAAAAUAUCGUUGUAGAUAUUCUUUUGACUUCCUCUGCUACUCUCUAAUAAGUUGAUGCUAAAGACUAUAGAUCUAUUGGAAUGCUUUUUAGAUUCCUUGAAAUUAACUCAUUCUAUCACUCUAUGGAUGGUCUCCUGAGAGCCAAAUUCGCAUAUCCCUAAGUUAACUUCAGAUAUGUUAUUUCACCCACUAAGUCUCUCCCUUCAUCAUGGAAGCCACUAGUAAGAUCAUUUUGUAUUUUUAAUGCUUUAUAGAGCCUAACUUAACAAGAUAUCUAAAAUAUCAUCAAUUAAGGAAUUCAGGAUGCUUCAGCUGCUGUUGAAGAAGGAUAAGGUGCUGGUUUUGAUACUUUAGUCAAGUAUUAUAAACUUAAAAAGACUCAAAGCAAGGAUAUUGAGGGAGUAACUCUAGAGGAAUUCAAGCAAAAGCUCCAAGCAGGUGCAUAUGAUGUCUUCAUUGAUUACGAAACCGAUCCACUCUUCCUUUAAUACAAAUGA